UGACGUCACCACGUUAAACGUCCAGCGGCUCAACUCUGAAGUUUCCAUGUCACAUUUAAUGUGUCAACUCUUUAUCAGCAAAGGUCUUUAUAAGCAGGUCUGGAGUCAGUUUCGUGUCGAUCAUUAGACGAGCUGCUGUCAACAGGAGCCUUUGAUUUUGAGGAGAUGCAGCAGGUGAAGAUGCUCCACAGUGUCCGCUGUCUCUCCGUCCUGCUGCUCGUCGUCUUCACGAGUGUUCGCAGCCAACAGAACGAGAGCCGUCGAGCGGUGACUGAACACCAGCUGAUGCACGACCGCGGCAGAAACAUCCAGAGUCUGAAGAGGCUCAUCUGGCUGUCCAGCGCCAUGGAGGGUCUCCACACGGCCCAGAGCCGGUCCGCCGCCUCCGGACCCCCCAAGACCCUCAACCUCAACCUGGGUCCUGCUCUGGGUCCAGCUCUGGGUCCAGCUCUGGGUCCAGCUCUGGGUCCUGCUCUGGGUCCAGCUCUGGGUCCAGCUCUGGGUCCAGCAGGGUCCCCCCAGCCCAGCCGGGUCCAGAACCUCCUCAGAGACUUCUUGAACCCGUACCUGAGUCAGCAGUCGGACAGAGAGGCGUAACGUCGCUCUGAUCAGCUGCUGCUGAUGUACACAGGAAAUAAAUGAUUAUUUGUGUUAUUAUUAUUAUUAUUAUUAUUAUUAUUGUUUGUCUUUAAUGUCCAGACACACGUUCAGCUGCAGACGUGUCCGCGUCUCCUCCAGACUUUUAAUAUCUGAGUGCUUCUCAUUUCCAUCUUUGACAAAAUAAUCAAUAAACUCCUCAGAUAUUCCAAGAAAAACCAAAUAUAAAUGGAGAGUUUGAUAUUUUAUCGACUCUCCUGUCGCUCAACAAAAUCAAAGAACCGUCUUUAAAAUCAUGCAUAUAUAAAAAACACCUACAAAAAAAAACAUGUACAAAAAUUUAACUAUUUCUUAAAUAUAUUCCUAAUGUAGAAGACAAUUUUUUUAGGCUGUAUGGUAAUAUUAUUAAUAUAUUAUAAUAUAUUUUGGUAGGGGGGAUUUUACUUAAAAAAACAUGAUUUUGUAUUAAUAUUUUAUUCAU